GUUUCCGACCAGGCAGGAAAAAGAACAAAGGAACUGCGUAGGGGAGAAGGUGGAGGAGGUGGCCUGGAGGGUGGCAGGAGUGGAGGGGACGCUUCACCAUGGAAUAUGAAGUCAAGAAAGGGAAAAAGGGCUUCGUGUCCCCUAUCCGGAGGCUGGUGUUCCCCAAGGCUGGGCGCCGGGCAGCCUUUCGGACCAGUGUGAGCCGCCGGCCCCUGCACUCGAUGCCCCUUUAUCCUCCCGACUACCUCAUCGACCCCCAGAUUCUGCUGUGUGACUAUCUGGAGAAAGAGGUCAAGUUCCUGGGCCAUCUCACCUGGGUCACCUCCUCACUGAACCCCUCCAGCCGGGACGAGCUCCUGCAGUUGCUGGACACAGCCAGGCAGCUGAAAGAGCUGCCACUGAAGACCACGGCGGAGCAGGACAGCAUCCUGAGCCUGUCCGCCCGCUGCCUGCUGCUCACCUGGCGCGACAACGAGGAGCUCAUCCUGCGCAUUCCCACGCACGAGAUAGCCGCCGCCUCCUACCUGCAAGACGAUGCUCUGCACCUGCUGGUGCUUAAGACUGGUACAGUGGGCGGGGCCUGGCCGGGGGCAGGGCGCGGAUGUGAAGGGGUAGAGAAAAGGCCCAAUGCCUACUCGCGGCUGGUUCUGCCCUCCUCUCUGGACCAGGAUGCUGCCGAGGAGUCCUGCGCCCUCAUCUGUCAGGUCUUCCAGAUCAUCUACGGGGACCAGAGCAUUGAGUGCGUGGACCGGGCCGGCUACCACUACAUGUCCACACCCGAAAGGCCGUGGCUGUGCAGCCGCAGUGAGAGCUGCCGCACGGAUGGGACUUACGCCUAUGACGCCGACUUCAGCUGCUGCAGCUCCUUCAAUAGUUCCCAAGACACAUUCGAAGCGUGUUACAGCGGCACGUCCACACCCUCUUUCCAUGGCUCCCACUGCAGCGGCAGCGACCACAGCGGCCUGGGCCUUGAGCAGCUGCAGGACUACAUGGUCACGUUGCGGAGUAAGCUGGGGCCCUCUGAGAUCCAGCAGUUUGCACUGCUGCUGAGGGAGUACCGACUGGGGCUGCCCAUCCAGGACUAUUGCAACGGCCUGCUGAAGCUCUAUGGAGACCGGCGCAAGUUCCUCCUCCUUGGAAUGCGGCCUUUCAUCCCGGACCAGGACAUCGGCUACUUCGAGGGCUUCCUGGAGGGCGUGGGCAUCCGCGAGGGUGGCAUCCUCACCGACAGCUUCGGCCGCAUCAAGCGCAGCAUGAGCUCCACGUCGGCGUCGGCCGUGCGCAGCUACGACGGCGCGGCCCAGCGGCCCGAGGCGCAGGCUUUCCACCGGCUGCUGGCCGACAUCACGCACGACAUCGAGGCUCUAGCCCCCGACGACGACGAAAGUACAGAUGAGGAGGCCCGAGGCUCCCCGGGCGGGGGCGACGCGGCGGAGGACAACUACCUGUAGCCUGUGCCGCCUGGGUGGGGAAGGGGAUGUCCCCGCACUCACUCUUGCCUGUGGACCCCAUCUCCACGGCCGCCUCCUCAAACCCCAGCCCUGGGUCUCCCCGGGUCUGUCCCUGGGGUGUCUGUUCCUGCCCUGGGGGCUCCGGUCCAUGCAGUACCGAGAGUGUCCUGCAGGGGGCGGGACCCUAAACCGGGCUCUGCCUGCUGGACGGAGGAGUGAACAACUUUGCCCCGUUAGCUCCGAGUGUCCGGCCUCAGGACACUCCCUCCCUCUCCAGACUCCGCAGCUUUCUGGAGGCCAGAGGAGGGCUGAAGAGUAGGCUCCACCUGCUGGCCAAUUGGGAGAAUUCCCAGAGCCAGGAGACCUCUGUUCCUCCUAUUUUACAGUUUGAGAAACUGAGGUUCCAGAGGAGGAGGGACUUGAGAGAGUCUCCUGACUCCGCUUAGAUGUUACCUCAAACUGACCUACUAAAUAGUGUAGAGGAUCUCCCCUUCCGUGAUGGCAUGAAUUAGAUGGUCAGUGUGGAAAAGAGGUUUCUCUCUACUGAGAGUCCACCGAGAGGUGGGUGAUCUGGGUCCCAGUCCUGACUGCAAGGCUCUGGACAGGCUUCUUGUUCAGAUCUUGCAUUUGGAGCUGGACAAUCCUAGGCCUCCUGUCCGGUAGGGGUCCUAGCCUCUCUGUGACUCUGAUUUCCUCUUCUGACCAAGAAGUCGGCCCCACCCACCUCACAGGGUAGUCAUAGGUGUUAUGGAAGUUCAAGACUAUAGUGCUGGGUCAAGCACAUGGUAGGCGCUCAAUAAAUGCUGUUCCCUUUCACAUUGAA